AUGGAAAAUAAUAAAAUAUUAUCAGAACCUGAGGGAGUUAAUUUAUAUAAUGCAAAAAUGAAAAAUAUAACUAAUGAAAAUACUGGUAAUUAUAUGGUUAGUGAGAAUAAUUAUUUUCAAGACACGAAAGUGCAAAUAAAAAAGAAUCUUUUAGAAAGGUCAUCUAAAUUAUGUACCGUAGAAAAUAGAAUUAGAAAUAUUAGAAAUAUAUCAAACGAAGAAAAGUUGAUCACACAAGGAAAUAAUCCUAACAUAUUUGUGGAUUCAUCUAUAGGGUUUAAUCAUAUGUAUAUAAAUAAUGUUCAAUCAACGGGUGUCGAAAAAAGAGAAGUAAAUAAUUUUGAUAUCAAUGAAAAUAAUGUUAGUAUUGAUAAUAAAGAAAAGAGUAUGAAUAUUGUUGAUAAUGAUAAUAAUAAAAAUUGUUAUACUUAUAGAAAUAGUGAUAUGCAUAAAAAUGAUAAUAGUAUUUCUAAUCACAUUGGUAACACUAGUAAUAUGAAUGAUGAAUAUAAAAUGAAGGUAACCAACAAUUAUGAAAGGAAUCAUUCCUCAUCAGAUGAUAAUAAUAAUAAUAAUAAUAAUAAGGGUACAUUUUAUAAUGAUCAUCAUCUUAACAUAAACAAUCAAAAUUAUUAUAAUAAAAAUAUAAACUCUUUUAAUAAUAUUAAUCCGAAUUACCUUGGAGCAUUAAAUGAAAAUAAAAAUUUCAUGUACACUCAAAAUAUGAAUAUUUCUAAAGAGAAGAAUGACGUUAUGUUGAAUGGAAGUAAUAAAAAAGAAGUUGAUUUUUAUAUAAAUGAAGAAGAGCAAGAAAAUAUGAUUAAUGAAAUUAUGAGUUAUGAGCAUUUCACAGGUGACAACAACAGCAAUAAUAAUAAUUUUAAUAAUAAUAAUAAUAAUAAUAGAAAUAAUUCUGUUCAUAAAAACAAAAAUGAUUGUAAUAAUUUCAUUUGUGUUGAAAAUAAUAAUAUGGGACAUGUUAAUGAAAAAAUAUCACCUUCUUUCGAUAAUAAAAUGUAUACAUAUAGAGAUACCAUUGAAUAUUAUAAGGAUAUGAAGAAAAGUGGGGUGAACGCUCAUUCUGUUAUAAGUAAAGAAAGUGAUAUUAUUGGAAGUAUUAAAAAAAAACUAGAGGAUCAAAAUCUUAUAGAUGAAGAAAAAAAUAUAAAUAAUUCAUUGAAUUCUUGUAUUACAUCAGAUAAUCCAUGGAAUGAUAAUUAUGAAAUGAAACUAGGAAAUAAUAAGUUGAACAAUAUGAAUGAUAGUUCCUCCAUAUCAAAUAAUCUAAAAGAGAACUUAAAAUAUCCAUUUAAUAAUUUUAACAAUUUUAAUGAUAUUAGUAUAAAUGAUAUUUCAAAGAAUGUUGAAAGAGACAUAUUUAUGAAUUCCCAUCAUAAUAAUUUACACAAAAAAAAUGGAUCACCUGAUAAUAAUAACAAUAAAAACAAAAGUAAUGAUGAAGAUAACACAAAUGGUAAUAGUAAUAAUAAUAAUAAUAAUAAUAAUAAUAAUGUGAUAGACAAAUAUCAAAAUAAUGAAAAAUGCCUGAACAAAUUGCCGUUAAAUCUUUAUAGUGAUCAUUUAAACAAUUUUGAUGAUGAACGAAUGAAAAAAGAAGGAGAAGAAAUAUUAUUAAAUGAUAUGCAUCCAAUAGAAAAUAAAAAUUUGGAUAAUAAUAAUGUAGAAAAAGAAUCUUAUGAAUCCUAUAAUCUUAAAGAAGUGAAUUUAUUUAAAGAAUACAACUUAUCUGCUUUAAAUUGUGUAGACAAUCAUAGAAAUAUAUAUAAUAAAGAAAGUAAUGGUCCUAAUGUAUUAAAUAAUAAUGAGGAAGAACACAUGGGUUCUAGGGUUAUUCUGUCAAAAGAAAAUAAUAAUAUAAAUAGUAACAAUAAUAAUAUAAAUAGUAACAGUAAUAAUAAUAUAAGUAGUAACAAUAAUAAUAAUAUAAAUAGUAACAAUAAUAGUACUGUUAAUAAUAUGAGUAAUUGUGAUGAAAUGAAAAAUUAUCUUGUCGAAAGUUCAAAUAUUUUUAAGAAUAUUUCUUCAAAUUCAAAUUGUAAAGAUGAGAAAUAUAUACAAAUGCUUAUGAAGAAUUUUAAUAUAUAUUCAAAUGAUUUAUUAAAUUUUGAUUAUAAAAUAAAUAACGACCAAGAAAGUAAUAAAAAUAAAUAUGACAACUUAAAUAAUAUAAUAUUUAAUUCUUAUUAUGAUAAUGAUUUAACAUUAAAUGUGAAUGAUAUGGAUCAAAAUUAUAACAAUAAUUUAUGUAAUAAUAUAAAUGCUGAUAGAAAAAAUAUGAAUGAUAAUGUAUAUUAUAAUAUGGCAUCAUUCUGUCAUGAAACAACACAAGAAGAAAAUGAUGAUAAAUAUAAAAGUACUACCAAUCAUUUUGUAAAUGAAAUGAUGAUAGAUAAUGAGAUUAAAGAUAUAACUCAUAUAAAUAAUAAUUAUGAUAUACAAAAAAAUGAAUAUAAUAAUAAAAAUGGUUCCUAUAAAAUAACAAACAUAGAAGAAAGUAAAAUUGAAAAAAUAAAAAACACAGAGAACUAUUCAAAGAGUGUAAAUAAUCUUACUUGUAUUUAUAAUGAACUUAUAAAAAAUGAAAACCUUGAUGAGAUUAAUCAUAAUGUUGAUGAAGAUGAUGACAAAUUUAAAAAAGAUAGUAGCGAAAAAAAUAAUAAUGUGAAUAAUUAUAAUUAUAUGUGUUGUGCUAAAGAAAAUCAGAAUGGUUUUAAAAAAGAGGAACAUGAAGAUUAUAAUAAUAUCAAUAAUGAUUAUAUUGACAAUAUUGUAAGUAAUAAUAAUAAAAAUAAAAAUGAAAUUAAUAAUGAUUGUAUAAUAAAUUAUAGUAAUAGUGGAACAACAAAUGCUAGCUGUAAUAAUAUUGUUGAUGGUAGUAAUAAUGAAAAUAUGCGUAAUAAUAGUAAUGUAGUUAAUAUGUUAAUAGAAGAGAAUUCUCUUUUUAAAGAUAAUGCAUUAAGCCAAAAAAGUUUAGAAAAUGAUAAUAAAAUAAAAAAUUAUGAUUCAAAUGAACAUUUAAUAGAUGAUAAUUUUAAUUUAUUUUUAAAUAAUGAAGAUGUGAAUUGUAAUAAAUUCUUUGCAACAAAUAAUAAAAAUAUGCAUAAUAAUGAAAAGAAAAAUUCUGAUGAAAAUAAUUAUUCUAAUGGAAAAGAUAUUUUCAAUCCUUUGGAAUAUGAGAAAUAUAAUAAUAAAAACGAAAUAUAUAAUUUAAAACAAGAUGAUGUUAAUAGUACUAUCACAAAUAAUGAUAAUAUGUCUAUGUUUUUUAGUACUAAUUCUUUUAGUGGGAAUAAUGAUUCUUUUAUGAAAUAUAUAAAAGGUUUUCUUGAAAAUAAUUAUAUAAAUGAUCAAAAAAAUUAUUUGAAUUUAUUUCAUAAAGGAAAGAAAGAAAAUAUGAACAACACUACUAUGGAUGAUAUAUCAUCAAUGGGUGAUGACAAUUAUGUUAACAGUUUGAUGAAUGACAUAUUUAAAAGUAAUAAACAGGAAAAUGAAAAACAAAAUGAAAAUGAUAAAAAAAAUAAUAUGAUCGUUAAUAUGAGUAAUAUUCAAAGUACUAAAAAUGAAAUAAGUAAUAAACCAAACCUCAAAACUGACCUAAAUAAUAAUAAUAAUAAUAGUAAUAAUAAGGAAGAACAAUUUGAUAGUCUUCAUAAUUUAAAUCAUAUUAACCCUAAAUCUAAUAGUUCCAUUCUAAAUUUAGACAAUUUAAAUGUUGUUUUAAAAAAAAAUGAUAACCCUAUUGAUUAUUAUAAAGUUUUUAAUUCUUUUCAUGAUAUAAAGAAAAAUGAAAAUGUACUGAAUACAGAGAAUAAUGAAUUUAAUAAUAAAAGUUUUAUAUAUGAUGAUAUUAAUAAAUCUACAAUGUUUAAUAUGCCAAAAAUAAGAAAUGAUAAUGGUACUAAUAUUAUUAAUGGUUAUAAUAUAAAAAAAGAGGAGGUUACAAAUACAAGUACUUUGAAUUCUUCGAAUGUUCUUAAAUUGAAACACGAUAAUGAUCAUUAUAUUAAUAUGACGAAUGGUAAUAAGUUACCCUUAUUAUAUGAAAAUAAUAAUAAUCUUGAUAAUAUUUCUGAUGAUGAUCAAAAUAAAAGAAAAACAAUAUUAAACACGUUUGAUGAUAUAUAUUCUGUCAAUGAUAGUUCAGUGGAUAAUUCAUUAGAAUUACAUAGAAAUAAAAAUAUGAUGACAGGAAAUGAAGAUUUUUUAUAUGCUCCAAAUAAAAUAAAAGAAAUGGUACCUCAUGAUAAUAUGGACUAUAAUAAUGAACAGUUGAAAAAAGAUGAUAUGUAUAAUUAUGGAAUGAUAAAAAAUAAUACUAUAAAUAAUUUGAAUUUUAUAGAUAAAAUGAAUAGUCCAAUUGUAACAAAUAAAAAUAUGGAUAUAGAAACUACUUUGAAUAAUAAUAGUAAUAGUAAUAGUAAUAAUUAUGUAUAUAAUAUAUCCAUGAAUAAACAACUAUUCGAUGCUCUAAACAAUCAUAAUGAAAAGAUGCAUACUUACAACCAAAAAAAUAUACAUAAUAAUAAAGAACAAGAAGAUACAGUCUCAACAUUUUGUAAAAAUAAUAUAUUAAAUGAAAAUAAAAAUGAAACUUAUAUGAAUAAUAAACAGUUUAAUAAUAAACAAAUGAAUAAUGAUAAUAAUAAAAAUUCAUAUCAUAAUAAUAAUUUUAAUAGUAAGAAUAUUUCGAAUUUUUUGAAUGAAACUAAUGUACACAAUGUUUUUAAUUCAAAUGAUAAUAUUAUAAAUUAUUUGAAAGAACAAGAAAAUCAAAAUGAAGAAACAGAAGGACAACAUAUAUCAUCUCAAAAUAGAAAAAGCAGCCAAGAAAAAAAAAUAAGUUAUAAUAAAUUUCAUAAUUUUGAUUAUGUAAAUAAUUAUGAUUUAUCUAUAUCAUCCAUAAUGAAUAAUAAAGCUAAUAACAAUAAUGAUAUUAAUAGUGUGAACAAAAUGAAUGAUAUCAUAGAAAAAAUUGAUGGACAUAUAAAUAAUAACUAUUAUCAAAAUAAAGAAGGUGAUCAUCAAACAGAAAAAGAUAAAAGAAGAGAAAGAAAUAUAAACGAAUUACAAAAUAACGGUACGAAUAAUAAUAAUAAUAAUAAUAAUAAUAGUAAUAUGAUUAAUAGUAUACAUUUAAAUAAGUUUGAUGAAAAAAUGAUAGAUCUCAUUCUAAAUAAUGGUAAUAGUAAUAAAUGUACUCAAAAAGGAGAUGAUACUAAAAAUCGUAAAUUUAGUAAUGUAAUAAAUUUAAAUAAUAUUCAUUCAAAUGAUAAUAAUUCUUUAAAUAAUAAUAUUAAUAAUAAUUCUUCUAAUUAUAUGUUAUAUGAUGUUUUAUCAGAACAUAAUAAUAUAAAAAAUGAUAUACCAAAAAAUGAAAAUUAUAAUAAUGGAUAUUAUAACAAACAAACUAUAUCUCCUUCUAAUAAUUCAUUGAAUGAUCGUAAUAAUAAUUAUUAUAAAAUGGAUUAUCGUAAUAAAAAAAAUAUUAACGUAAAUCGUAAUCUAACUAUGAACCUACCUAAUAUGAAUAAUAAUAAUAAUAAUAAUAUGAAAAAUUUGCCUAAUGGUAAUUUUAUGAAUAAUGAUAAUGUGAAAAGUUUUUUUAAAACAAACAAUAAUGAUAAUAAUAUUCAUAAUAAUAAUAUUAAUUGUAACAAUAAUCGUAAUAGUAAUAAUUUAAAUGACUAUCCUAUAAUUAUAGAUAAAAAUAAUAUGAACGUAAAAAAGGAGAAUACACAAAAUAAUAGUAAAAAGAUCAUGAUCGAUUUACAAAAUAGUAGAAAUAGUGAUCUUAAUUUUAAUGAUAAAAAUUAUAAUUUAAAAAAUUAUUAUAUGCCUAAAGAAACUAUAUAUAAUGAUAUAGAACAUACAUUAAAUGAUAUAAAAUCAAAAAAUGAGUAUAACACAAUUAAUGAUAAUAAUAAUAAUAAUAAUAUGUAUAGAAUGAAUUCUCCAAAUGUUAUAAAUUAUAACAAUAUCAUAGAAACUGAGAAAAUUAAAAAUAAUAAACAUUAUCAUAAUCAAACACAUCAUAUAAGAAAUUACAAUGAUAUGUCCAUAUCAAACAAUUAUGAUUUUAAAAUGAAAAAUCAUCAUGGUAGUAAUCACAUUAAUAAUAUGGGAAGUAAUAAUAUCAGUAUGUGUAGUAAUAAUAUAAGUGUGGGUAGUAAUCCAAGUAAUUUGAAUCAUAAUAAUAAUAUGAAUACAUUGAAUCAUAUGAACAACAAUCAUAAUAAUAGUAUAAAUACAAUCAAUAGUAUAAAUAAUAAUAAAAUGAAUCCAUUACGAUCUAUUGAUUAUAAUUAUGCAAAGAGUAUUUCAACUAGAUGUGCUUCAGAUGCUACUAUAGUUGAUACAUAUAAUAUGAAUAACACACAUUUGAAAGUAAAAAAUAAUGGAAAUUUUUCAAAUUUUAUAGAUAAUCCAAAAAUAAUGGAUAAUAUUAAUAAUAAUAUUAAGUGUGUCAAUAAAUUAAAUGAGGAUAGUACUAGUACUAAUAAUGGAUUAAUAGAAAAAUUUAGAGGAAAUGAAAAAAUGAAAUAUGAUAUGAAAAUACAAAAUAAUAAUAGUAAUAAUUUCAAUCAUAAUAAUAAUCAUUAUAAUCUAAUUUAUGAUAAUAUGAAGAGUAGAGACAAAAUGAAUUUUAAAUAUAAAAAUUUUAAUAAUCAUUAUAUGGAAAAUAAAAAUUAUAUUCCAUAUGAUGAAAAAGAUAAAAUGGAUAAAAAUGAGAAUAAUAAAUAUAUGGAUAAAAUGAAUAAUAAUGUUCAUAUGAAAAAUUAUAACAACAAUAAUGGUAGUAAUUACAAUAGUAAUAAUAAUUAUUAUUAUGGUAAUAAUUAUAAUAAUAAUAAUAAUAACAAUUACAACAAUAAUAACAAUUACAACAAUAACAAUAAUAACAAUAAUAACAAUAAUAACAAUAAUAGCAGUAGUAGUAGUAGUGGUAGUGUAGUGGGAAUGAAAAAUAAUUAUCCAAAUAAUGAUGUUGUGUCAGAUAACUUUUUAGUUAUUAAAAAGUAUACAGCCAAAUAUGAAGUGCAAAUUGAUCCAUUUAAUGGGUUUGAUAUAGCCAAAAGAAUUAUAGGAUUAAAAGGUACUAACAUGAAAAAAAUAUGUAUUGAUACAGAUUGUAAACUUAGAUUAAGAGGUAGAGGUUCUGGUUAUUUAGAAGGCGAAGAAAAAAAAGAAGCAAAUGAAUCAUUACAUCUAUGUGUAUCUUGCCAAAAAUAUGAUCAUUAUGUACUAGCCAAAAAAUUAAUAGAACAAUUAUUAGUUAAAAUUUAUAUGGAUUAUGAUACUUGGUUAUUUAAUCAUGGAAAACCUUAUGCAAACCUAAAACCUAAAACGUAUGAAAAAUUCAUACCAUUAUUUAAAUUCCAACAAAAUUCAAAUCAAAAACAAAAUGUAAACCAAAUUUGA